AUGGGAAGACAUCGUAGUCGCAGCCCUCGUCGCGGCGCUCGCGACGAUGAUGAGGAGGACUUGCCGGCGGAAGGCAGGCUCAUGCUGCUGCAAGUGGACUUCGAGACAUUGAAAGUCGAAAACCAAGAGCUCCGCACCCGGCUUCUUCAAGCACUGAGAAGGCUGGACUCCAAGACAACUGCUACUGGCCGGCACGGCAAAGAGGAGGUCAAGAAGGAGGUGAAAAAGGAGGUGAAGAAAGAGGCCAAGCCGGAAGGCAAGAAAGAAGUUAAAAAGGAGGUGAAGAAAGAGGACAUCAAGAAGGAAGUAAAGAAAGAGAUAAAGAAGGAAGUCAAGAAGGAGAUGAAGAAGGAGGUGAAAGAGGAGGAGGGCAAGAAAGUCAAGACCGAGGCAAAGGAGGAAGAGUCUGAUGAAGCCGGAGAGGAGCCCAACACGAAUGCCGUGCUCCUUUGCAAUGCGCAGAUGGAGGUGUACAACACGGAGGUGCCAAACGAUGUCCCAAUGGAAGAGCGCACGCCGCUGGUUGAGGGGAAGCUCAAGAACUUCAUGGAGAGUUUCCAUGAGAAGGUCCAGAUACUCGACCUCAAAACCGGCGGAGUACUUGUCAAGGACAAGAUGUUUCAGAAGCGUUACGCCUGCGUCUUCCGGGAAUCCGGCGAUGAGCUGCGAGGAGUCUGCACGAAGCGCUUCUACUUCGAUUCCAAGAGCCCCACUUACUGCUUGGAUUUCGAAACCCACGAGAGCCUGGUGACGGCCCGGGCGGGUACGCCGCCAGACGGUCGCCUCGGGGUGCGGGAUCCGCGAACAGAGCACCUCGCAGUGCUUUAUGCCACAUGGCAGCAUCGGAAAGCAUGCAAGUAUUUACCCGUCUCGUUCAUGUUUGUGUUUCUAUAUUGUCGUUUCCUGGUUCGUUCCCAAACUUUUUGUACUGAGCAUGCAUGUUUUUGUUCGAAGGUCUGUGUGCCUGGACAGGGGUUCGGGAUUAGGCUUCAGCGUGCAAGUUCGUUCCCUGUGAUUCUACGUCCCAUCUUCGCAAACCAGGGGAAGCAGAUAGCACAAUAG